AUGGAGGUUCUGUGGGUAGUUACGGAAACCGCGUACAGUGCGCUCGCGCCCUUCGAGGUCCCCGUCAACUUCUGGUUGGAGAAGUCCAUUCCGCAGCGGGAGGUUUUACGGCACCCGGCCGUGGCCGCGAUGAUUACGCACUGCGGGGGAGAUGGAGCGCAGGGCGCAACUCAAGCGGGCUCCGAGAAGAAACGGACUUUGAUCCAAUCCGUGCACGAUCUUGUCUCUGCAGAGGAAUACGACGUCGCGCAAAGACUGGCGCACGCAGGCUUCCCUGUUCUGGACCCACUGCGCGCGAUGCCGGCCGACCUUUCUGCCGCAGUGCGCGCGGUAACCGCGCGAGACCCAACUACGGAGAACGCCUACCAGGCGAAAGCGCGCAAGAUCGCGCGCAUUUUUCGCUUCCUGGGGGGCGCGCCGAGAGCCGCAGAUUUUGUGGAGCUCGUCGCGGAGCUGGGCACCGAGCACCAGCUGCGGACGCCCGAUCUGAGCAUGUCCUGGUUUGUGAAGCACAAACUAGACCUGUUGAUCUUAGUAGCGAUCUUCGCGGGUGUCAUUUUUCUCGCAGCCAACGUCUCCGUACGAUUUCUCGUUGGCGAACUUCUCUAA